AUGAUGAUUGAUGAUCCGCUGAGUGAAAAGCAAGAACCUACCUUUGGAAGGGCACAAGGGUUGUACUCAGUGGCUGCACAACGUGAUCAUGAGUUUGCACUGCUUGUGGUCAUGAAUUUUGCGUUUGUGGAAGGAAAGUACAAGGGAAGUACCAUUAGCAUCCUUGGGCGGAAUCCAGUGCUAAACGAUGUGAGAGAGAUGCCGAUCAUCGGAGGAACGGGCCUAUUUAGGUUUGCCCGUGGCUAUGCCUUAGCCCAUACAGUGAGGUUUAAUCCUAUAGGAGACGCCAUUGCUGGAUUUGGCAGUACUAUGAUGAUUGAUAAUACACUGCGCUGA